CCUGUUUCUGAGGUACUCUGCUGGCGGCGUCUGGUUUUUUUUUUUUUUUUCUCUUUUUUUUUCGCCUGUGUUGCAACGCUCGGUUGGGGAUUAGCAGUGGGUUCACUGGGUUGGGUGUCACUGCACGGGCUGUCCACCUCAGCCAGAAGGGCGGCUUCGGGAGGAAAGGCGACAGGGAAUGGACAGGGAGACAGGGGGUGGCUGGCCGAGCUAGCGGUGCAUGGUGGUAAUGGGUGGUGGAGGAAGAGGAGUACCUAUUAG